AUCCCACCACUUCCCCCCGACGGCAUGCUCGCAGGGCCCAGCUGCGUGCGCCGCGCCGCUCCUCCAACGGCGCGGCGCGCUUCGAGGUCUGCGCCGCUGCGCGAGUACCGGACGUAUCUGCGCGUGCCCACGCCGUCGGGCGUCGCCCGCGUCCCGCUGCGCGCCGGCUCGGUCUUCGGGCUGGCCACGUCUCGAGGCAACCGCGAGUAUCAGGAGGACACCUGGACCGCCGCCUGCGUCCUCGUGCCGCCAUCGGAGCUGCGUGCCAGUUUGCGCGCAAGCUGGAGCCGCAUUGUGAAGCAGGCCGCCGAGCGCUGGCACCCUGAGCCCGAGACGGAGGACGACGGACAGGUGGUGUGGUUCGCCUGCUACGACGGGCACGGUGGACGAGCUGUGUCUGCGCAUCUUCGCGACACUCUGCAUGCCACGUUCGAGAGCGUAGAUGCGCGGCUGGCCACUGCCAUAGUGCAACAUACGCGCAGCCUUGGUGGCUACUUUCGCCGCUUCACAGGCGGUGCGCUGGAGCGCUGGGUCCGGCAGGAGGAACUCAAGCCCGUCAGAGCAGGACAGAAGCGCGAGACGCCAGCAGAGGACGCCUCGGCCGACCUCGUUGCGCAGGACCCGCCAGAAGGCGUCACAGACAUGACGCUCGCCGAGAGAUGCACACUCGCCUGGCUACUGGCCGAUCGUGAGGUGCAGAUCACUGAAGCGCUGCAAAGCGGCGGCUCCACUGCGUCAGUGUGCCUCUUGCACUCGCUGGACAGCCCCACGCAGCCGUGGUACAGCAGCGCCCUGCUGAGCGUGACGACGGCUCAAGUCGGAGACACGCGCCUGCUGCUCUGCGCUCGCUCGGACGGACGUGCCAUCCCGCUCACGAACUACCACCAUCCCGACGACCGGGGCGAGGCGGACCGCCUGCGCAAGCUCGGCGCCGGCAUGGUCACCGACUCGUUCGGCGAGGCCCGCUGGAUGGGCGCACUGGCGAACACGCGGUCGUUCGGCGACUCGAUGUACAAGAAGGCAGGCGUCACAGCCGAGCCGGAAGUCAUCACACAGGUGCUCAAGGGCGAGGACUACUCCUUCAUCAUUGCGUACAGCGACGGCGUUGGCGAGAAGCUGUCCGACCAGGAGAUCGUCGACCUCUGUCGCGGGGCGCCGCACCCCAGCGAUGCAGCCAAGGCCGUGCUGAGCUUCGCCGAGGAGCUGGGGGCCGAAGACAACGGGACAGUGCUCGUCAUUCCACUGAAGGGCUGGGGGCAGACACAGGGGGAGGACACGACACUUGCGCAGCGCGAGUACCGCAAGAGCAAGACGGACGUGUUCCGCGAGCAGCGGAGGUGAGGCGACGGCAAUACAUACCUAGAGAGAGCAGGAG